GCCCUCUCUUUAUAUGUUAAGAAAUAUCCAUUCAAUCCAAAACUCACCAGAGCCUUACUUUCUUGCCCCAACCGCAAUCUUCCAUGUUUGCCUUAAAAUUUAUUUCAAGUGCUUAAAUUAUUGAUAGGAAGGACCCUCAUACUAACUUCAGUAUAUAGAUGGAUAGCAGUUGAAUUAUCUGGUAAAAUUUAGUAGUAGAUUCAGCUUCAACUCAAGGGAUGGCGUUGAGGAUAUUUACUGCUUCAAAUUCGAGGGAUGUCAGGCCAAUUUUUAUUCCCAGCUGGUAUGCAUUUUUCCUAAUAGAUCCAAGUACGUACAUAUGCUGAAGUUGUACUGAUAUUCUUCAGGAUAAUUGGUUUAGGAACUAACCUCAAUUGCCAUCAUGUUUUCUCUCAAUUCAGCUCAGGUUCUAAAAUCGGAGGCUCGGUCAAAAUGGCGCUUAAGCUCUCUAGAAUUCCUUACUAUAGAAUGGGAAGAGUUUUUCACGAUAAAGGGAUAGCGCCCAUGUCCUUGUGCAUAGAAGUACCUUGUCCUGGGAUAUCGGAGCAUUUAAAACCCACGACUGGUGGGAUUCCUCAGCUCUUCCGCUUGUGUGCGCUUGGACGGAAGCAUAUGUACUACAUAUUUGGCACCACCCCCAUCAAGACGUCAAUUACAAGAAUUUGAAUUACGUCGCUUCUUUUUAGAUUUUAGAGUUCAAGUGAUUUAAUCCAUCUUCAUAACCUUCGAAUUUACUGGAAAAUUUAUUUUUUAUUAUGUGUUAUACCC